AUGAACAGAAGUUCUAGAGCACAGGAGCAUGCAUUGAAGGCUUCUACUAAUACUUAUUCCAACAACUAUAGAGGAAGAGGUAGAGGUAGAGGCCGAGGAAGAGGAAGAGGAGAUCGUGGAGAAAGAGAUUUCAGUAGAAAUUUCAAAACCAACACUGAUCAGUCUCAAGGCAGAGGUCGAAACCAUGACAAAUCCAAGACUACCAAUUUUGUCGAAAAUAAGGAAGUAGAAACAUUGUUAAUGGCUGUCCAUGCUAGAACAGAACAUGAAUCUGAUAUUUGGUAUGUAGAUACUGGAUGCAGUAAUCAGAUGUGCGGAAGCAAAUUUUCUUUUUCAUCUUUGGAUGAAAAGUUUCGUUCUACUGUGGCUUUUGGUGAUUGUUCAACUGUAGAAGUGAUGGGGAAAGGUGACAUCAAGAUUAAAACCAAGAAUGGUUUUGUGGAAACAAUUUCUAAUGUGUUGUAUGUUCCUGACUUGAAAAGUAAUUUACUUAGUGCUGAUCAGUUGCAAGAAAAAGGUUAUGUCAUCACUAUCAAGAAGGGAGAGUGUGAAAUUUAUGAUCCUGAGAGAGGAGCUAUUGCACUAGUUCAAAUGAGCUCCAACAGAUUGUUUCCACUGAGGAUUGAUAACAUUCAAUCUUGUUUGAUGGCUGAAGUAAAGGAUUCAUCAUGGCUGUGGCACUUCUGA